ACGAUGACCGGCAAAACACAGACCAGUAAUGUCACCAAUAAGAAUGACCCCAAAUCCAUCAACUCCAGAGUCUUCAUUGGCAAUCUUAACACAGCCAUUGUCAAAAAGGGUGACAUAGAGGCGAUCUUUGCAAAGUACGGAAAAAUUGUCGGCUGUUCAGUGCACAAAGGUUAUGCAUUUGUACAGUACAUGAGUGAAAGGCAUGCGAGGGCUGCUGUGGCAGGAGAGAAUGCCAGGAUCAUUGCAGGACAACCACUUGACAUCAACAUGGCAGGAGAGCCAAAACCAUACAGACCUAAGCCUGGAAACAAGCGGCCACUUUCAGCUCUCUAUAGACUUGAAACAAAGGAGCCUUUCCUGUCAGUCGGUGGCUAUGUCUUUGAUUAUGAUUACUACAGAGAUGAUUUCUACAAUCGGUUGUUUGAUUACCAUAGCCGUGUCCCUGCACCACCUCGUGCAGUAAUUCCAUUGAAACGCCCACGUGUAACGGUCACGGCAACUCGCAGAGGAAAGGGGGUGUUUUCCAUGAAAGGGGGAUCAAGAUCUACAUCAAGUGGAACUUCCUCAUCAGGAUCAAAAUUGAAAUCAGAUGAGUUGCAAACAAUCAAGAAGGAAUUAACUCAAAUCAAAACAAAAAUUGACUCUUUGCUAGGGAGACUGGAGAAGAUUGAAAAGCAGCAGAAGGCUGAAGCAGAAGCCCAAAAGAAACAAAUAGAAGACAGUGCAGAAUUGAUCCAAGAGGAAUGCAUAUCAGAGAAUGCUGACAACUCUACAGAAGAGCCUAUUGAAGGAGGGUUGGAUGGGGAUGGAGAAGAGAUGACUGAUGGAAUAGAGGAGGAUUUUGAUGAAGACGGAAGUAAUGAGCUGUUUCUACAGAUCAAAUGAAUUGGGAAUCACCUACAGCCCCUUUGGAAACUGAGAAGAUAAUUCACUGGCUUCCUGGUGUGGAAAUGAGAACUGCAGUUUCUUGCCGGCUAACAACACCUAUGACUCAAAUUUUUAUGAAGAACUGAAUUUAGUUCUUGAAAUGGACAUUACCAUUCAAAACUAGAAAAUCCAUUUCUUAUAUGUUCUAAAGAUGUACAAUUGUCAGAUUUUUAUCGUUUAGAUUGUAAAUGUGUUUUUCCUGGCUAAUUAUUGGUAUUAUUUUUUUAAUUUUGAUGUCAGAAGGCCAAUGACUUGUAUGAUAACAUGAAGGACAUAUUUAAAAUGAAGGAAACACUGUAAACAAAUGUAUAUUUGUAAAAGCUAUUUUUAUGAUUAGCAUGUUUUAUGGUUCAUCAUAUUUAAAGUCAGGUGAUAUUGCACUUAAAUGUUUACAGCAUACUGAAAUGAGAUCGUCAAGAUUUAUGAGCCAAUAUGUUGAAUAGUAUUUUAAUUAUUUUUAUUUAUUUUUAUUCCUGUUUUAAAGUGAAUAUUUUUAUUAAGAAGGGUCAUGAUGAAGGGCAAAGUAAUA